AUGCACUUCGGUGCUGACACUUGCCGUUUCACUCGCCAAUCCUGUCCCUUCGGUAGGGAUUGCCGUUAUCGUAAACAUUUCGGCGACCCCCAAUCUAAGCCUUAUUGGCAGAACGGUCAAGGUGGGGAGAAGGACAGUAGCUUCGGGUCUGAUAAACGCCCUAGGACUGGGCAGGUGAAGGAUGAACCAUCAAGGAAGAACCCUAAGGACCAAUAG